AUGCCACCUCACAAGAAAAGAAAACUAACUCACCAAUCCGCAUCUCCUACAAGCAAGUUCUCUCCAAAAAAGAGCCACCUCAAACAAACAUACACCUCCCUAUCAGCACACCACCGACUCCACGCCGCCUCCCUCGCCCUCCCCACCCGCAUCUCAGCCCUAACAACCCUCAUCCACCACUCCUCCCAACACCUCCUCGGCCACCCAAACCCAUCCUUCACAGCCAAACUCUGCAAAAACAAAGUCCACUUCCAACCCUUCAGAUACAAUACCACCUCCAGCAUCCUCGCCCUCAAACACUUCGUCCGGCACGAUCUACUCGCACAGGGGAUAAUCACACACGCUACUCCCCCAGAACCAGGCUACGAUAUAUCCGCUAUGCAAGUCGCAAAACGGGUGAUGGCGAAACUGAUGGGUGAGGAUGAUCCGAUUCUGUCCCAGAAAGUGCUGGAGUUAGAUCUUGAUGAGAAAGUUGAGGAUCAGAGCGGGAAUGUAGAGGUGUUAAUCGCGUUAUGGAAAGCGCAGCCAGAUGUUAAAACGGUGUUUGUUAACGGCAUCGCAAAGCCCGCGCGGAAAAGAACGCCAGCCUGUUUCGGACAGUUUCAAUGGUCGAAAUGCUCAACUACCGUAUUACAAUGCGACAGUAUCCGGAAGAUGUGGGUGCGAAUCCACGCUGUAUCAACUGAACUGGUGCUGCGGUGUAAAGAGGAGGGUCCGAUGAGCGCUAGUGCCGCGACGAGGUUGCUGCAGACUGUACAUAAUGUAGGCCAUAUAGUCGGCUUCGUAACGGCUCUUGAUCUCGCUGUGACAGGACUGGUACGUCCGCCGACGAGAGAUGAAUUGGUGGAUUUAUACUGUGCGAGGAUUUUCCGCCGGGGGACGAAAGAGCAGAUGGCCAGGAUUCAGUGGAAUUCGACGCUUUUUGUUGUUGCGCAGUUGGCGGGGUUGAGGGCGGAUGGGGGGUGGAAUCGGAUUGAUGGGUCGUAUGAGGAGAUUAGGGGGAGGAUUGAGAGCGGUGUGGAGGGGGUGAGGGAGGUUAUUGCGAGAGAACUGGGGAGGCAAGGGGAGAGGGUUGGGUGGGAGGUGGUUGAGCAUGCGGUUUGUAAGACGGGGAGGUGGGAUGGGGGGGGGAAGACGCCGAGGUUUUAUGAUGGGUUGGAAAGGUUCGUUGAGGAGGAGGUUUUGGAUAGUGAGGGCGAUGGAGAGUUUGUUAGGUCGAGGUAUUUCGAGACUGGGGAGGAGGGACGGAAACGGAAGAGGAGGAGCGAAAAAUAG